AUACUCCAGCAAGUGAUAUUUAUAGUUUUUCUAUGAUUAUGUGGGAAUUUACAUCUGGAGUUCCACCAUUUAAUAAUAGAGCACAUGAUAUUCAACUUAGUUUAAGUAUUUGUAAAGGUGAACGUCCUGAAAUUAUUGAAAGUACUCCACAAUGUUAUGUAGAUUUGAUGAAAAAGUGUUGGGAUGAAGAUCCAUUAAAAAGACCAUCAUCUGAAGAAGUAUUAGAUAUUAUUAAAAAAUGGAUCAUGAUUCCUAAUGGGAAGAAAAUUAAAGAUAUUAAUGAAAGUUAAAACGCAAUGUUAUGGAAUUUAUAGAUGCACC